UCUCUCUACAGUUAUAUCUCCUUUCUUCACACCUUUUCUUCCGUUUAUUACAUGGCCGCCGAAGAGUUUCAGGAAUCCGAUAUCAUUUUCUCCGACCACCACCACCACCACAUCGGCUUCAAGGAAAUGGAUCGUCAAAAUAAUAAUAAUAGUAAUCGGAGUGGCAACAUAAAGAAGCAGAAGAAAUCGACAACUACUUGUUCUUCCGUGCCUGUGAAUAUCCCUUGCAGCAAUGUGUUGCAGUUUUCGGAGGCUGGUGAUGAUUUUGAAGAGGAAUUUGAUAGAGAGGAAUUGAUUCCGCCGCAUGUUAUAAUUGGGAGGAGAAUUCAAGGGAAAAUGGCAUUCUCUGUUUGCACUGGAAAUGGAAGGACAUUAAAAGGAAGGGAUUUGAGCCAAGUUAGGAAUUCAAUUCUUAGGUUGACUGGAUUUCUAGAAACAUAACCAUUAAUUCUUUCAAGAUCAGCCCAAUCUCACUUCUGUUCUGUUCCUUAGAGUUUUAGAAGAAGAAGAAGAGACGUCUUCCACAAAAAAAAAAAAAAAAAUGAUUUCCUUUCCUUUGUUUUUGUCUUGAAGUUUCUUUAGCCUGUAACUUGUAAGCAAAUGAGACCAAAGAAAAAUUUGGGAUUAGAAAGAGAUGAAAUAUUAUUAAUUGUUCAUUAAUUAAUUAGGCUAAAUUUUUUUUUUUUAGUACAAUUAGGCUAAAAUUAUUAUUGGUAGUAAUAUUUUGUUGGUUUAAUAUCUGCUGAAUAAUAAAGCAGCAGCAGUUUGAUUAAUUUAUACAGCUAGGAAGCUGCAUGCAGUGGUUUAGUGUCAGGAUGUGCAAUGUAUAAAUGGAAAUGGUGUAGCAAUAAUGUGUUGGAGAUUUGUCUUCACCUUGGACAUUGCCAACAUGCACAGCUGGUUUCUUCAUUUUCAAGUAGGUGGUGUGGGUCUGGAGUAUGGAGAUUAUAUUUGGCUGAAAAAUGGGUUUCAUGCACAGGGAUUGGAUUUGGAAUUCCCUCAACCUUAUUACAUAUUAUCUCUUUCAGCUGAUAUACUUGACUAUGGCAUUGUAAAUUUUUAUUCUGUAUAUUAAUAAGGAAAAGGAAAAAAAAAAGAAAAAGAAAAAAUGGGUUUAUGUUUUUUUUA